AUGUUCAAAGAAAUAGCUUUGAAAUAAUUAGAAAACGUCAAAAAGCAAGUAAUAAAAAAUCAAGUAAAUAUUUAUGCCUAUAAAACCGCUUAUGUCCAUAAAUUAGCUAAACUAAGUGAAUUAUGUAUAGUAGGUGGAAUUCGUAUAUCAAAUUAUGCCUCAGAAUUAUGUGAAUUAUGUGUAGAAAUUUUAGGUGCUGGUGAAUAAGUAUGGAAAAAUUAAUUUUAAUUAGCUUUGAAGGAAUAAGUUAUAGAUUGUGUUUUGGAAUAUUUUGUAUAAAAUUGUGUAAUAGCAAUAGAGACCAAUACAUAAAUAUAAAAAAUAUUAUUAAUGUCUUUAGCACACUUAUCAUGCAUUGAUUACCCAAAGAAUUAAGAGAUAUAAAGUUUAGGAUUACGUUGUAUAAAUACACUGAAGAGAAUGUUAUAAAAUAGCAAUAAAAGUACAAAAGAACUUAUUGAAAAAUCUAUAUUGGAAGUCAUUAUUUAAAAUAUUAAAGUUAAAAAUUGGACAUAGCUUUAAGAAAGUUCAAAUAUAAGGAAUUAUUUCUUUCCUAGAUAUGCCAGAAAUUGCUUAUAUUUUUGUUUAUGAUGAUGAAAUUUUAGUAUUAAUGCAUGAAUGGUUA